AUGGAACCCGCACUUCCCUCCUGGAUCACCAUCAACGCAACCUGCACCCAGCCUCCGCCAGACUGGCACGUCAAUCCCGCGCAAAUCAGCGUCCCAGAGCCGUAUAUCUACGUCACCAACAACACCGGCAACCAUGCCAUCCUGGAACGCUGCACUGGCACAGCGCCGAGCUUCUACGUCGAUAACUCGAUGCCGGCUGACGCAAUCGGAUGUGUGCUCGUGGCACAUGUAGUGAAGGGAAGCGCCUCAAAGGCUUGGCAGUGCUUUAUGGAUGCUAGGUUGGAGGGUCAAUGGGGCGUGAUAGAUAAGGCUGGAGGGGGAGUGAAGACCAAGGGAUUCGGUGUAGGCGGCUUGGCUGUGUUGGGUUUAGCUGUUGUGGGGGCGGUGUUUGGGACAUUUUGA